AUGAUUCAAGGGUUAACAAUAUGGAAAGAAUCAAUAUGUUCACAUAAAUUCUUGUACAAGUCUGUUACGCAUGAUUCAUUCAAAACUAUUUCAAGUACAUUACAAGCCAUUACAAAAUCCUGUAUAUUACAUCACACACACCAAAACAGAACCAAACAUCACAUUUUCUUCUUAUAUAAACCACACAUAAUGGGAAAGUCCGCUACAGACAGAUUUAGACAUCUUUUCAACCAUUCACUCGUUGCUUCCCAACAUCGUCAUCAUCGAAUUAAUCCUAUCCUCUUUCGAUCGUCGUCUUCCAUGGCUUCUCAUUCUUCGCCUUUCCCUGUUACCGCUCAAAAUAUCAACCCACAGGUUCUGAAAUGUCAGUAUGUUGUUCGAGGAGAGAUUGUCACACUAGCUCAGAAUUUGCAAAAAAAAUUUGCUGGCCAAUCCAAGCGCUCAUUAUUUGAUGAGAUAAUUUACUAA